AUGUUACGUAUAAAAUACGAAUAUAAUUUACGUAUAAAAUACGUAUUAACACGUAUAUAUUUUACACGUAAAUUGAAUGAAAAUGUACAUGGACGUGAGGUGGAGGGGGAGGAGAAUGAAGGAAUGAUUAGUGCAUCAUUGUCGGAAUCAUUGCCAAAUAUUCAUAAUACGCCGACGGAUCAUGGAAAUCGUGGAAACCAUUCAGCGGAUCGACAUAAAGUAUUGACUGAAGAAAGUAAUAGUGCUAGCAAGAUCAAAGUGAAGAAGAGCGAGACAAAGAAGUUAAAAAAAAGAGAAAGUUCAAUGAGGGAAGAAGGAAAAAGAAAGUCACAGGCUGAAAUCCGUGUUACCACCAUCAGUCCACCAUUUCCAUUAAUCACUGCACCUGCGAAGUAUGAAACAUUGGUAAAAGGAGAAGUGGAAAAAGAUCCGAAGGCAUCACAGGUUGAAAUUCAUGCUACCGAUAUUAGUCCAUCACUUCCACAAAGCAGUGUGUCAGUAAAACAGGAAAUGACUCCGAAAAAAGAGACAGAAAAAAAAGACGCAGAAACCGACGUGGAAACGAAAUUUACACUAACCGAGUGUGCAAACUGCCAAGUUAUGCGAUCUGAAUUAGCGGAUGUUAAUGCAAAGGUGAACAAAUAUGAAACAAUAUUGACGGCAAAUCUUGCAGCAGCAAAUCGUGAGUCCGAAGAAGAUGUUGAUACAAAGCAAGGAAAUCCAAACAUUACUGAGAUCGAUAAUGAAGAAGUUGAAAAAUGGAAGGAUGAAUGUGAGAAGCUCACAUCGACAUUGCAAACUCUUCAAACGGAAACGGUGCAACAGAUAAGUGCCUAUCAAGUGAAAUUAGGAGAGAUCCUAAAUGAGCGAGAAGUUAUGUUGGCAAAACUAACGAAAGCUGAGGAGAAAAGCAAAUCUCUGCAAGCGAUGUUAAAUGAACAGCGAGAAAAAAAUUUUAAACUAUCAAAUGCUAUACAGAAAAUGGAAUUGAAAUCAGUUGAAGAACUCGAAAAACAAAAAAUGGAACUAACAAAAACAGCAGAAGCGAACUUGCAAGCAACGGAACAAUUGUGCCGUAUCAGCGUGAAUAAGGCUGCGAUGUUUGAAGAAAUGCUUAAGAAGUCUGAACAUGAAAAAAUUAAACUGCGCCGUCGUCUUGGCCUCGCCGCUGAUAACCUUCAAAAUGUGGAAUUCGGAGAAAUGGAACCGGAAGAGUUUCAUCAUCAAUUGGAAAUAAAACUAAAUUCGCUCAUGGAGAAGUUUAAAGCUGAAUCAAAGAAUCCAGAUCUUGAAUGGGUUGGAAAAGAUAAUAUACAAUAUAUUAUGUGUGGUUUUGAAGAGGUUGUCAAAACCAUUCUUGGAAAAGAACCUGAUCUUGGAAAUUUGGCUGAAAGACUUGUCUCUAUGCUAGAAGAAAAAAAUAAAAAGGCGGAACAGGCAGAACUGUCGAAUGUUAACAAGGAAGAUAACGUAGAAGCGAAAGCUUUUGGGGAUUUCAAAGCAGAAAUGGGCGCGGAAAUUGAAUUAAUGCUGGAGAAAUUUCAUGUCAAACAGACGGAAGAACUUAAUGAAAGUAUAUGCAGAAUCUUGAGCUGUUUGGAAAAUACGGAACAGAAAGUCGAUAAGGAUGUCGUGAAGCGUAUGGAUGAACUGGGUGAUCUACUUCUUAUAAUUGACAGUAAACAGAAUGCUCUUCAAAAGACCGAAGAUAGGAUAAUUAGCAAAAUGGGAAAUCUUUCUGAAGCAAUCGAGAGCAACAGAGAUCGAUUCAAUAUACAGAGCGGAGAUCGGAGUAGCGAAAUAACAAAUCUUUUGAGGGAAAAACAUAAUUUCAAUGCGGCAUUAUCGUAUGUUGAGCAGCUUGGUGGUGAUCAAUUGGAGCUUAAAACUAGAGUACGAAAUAUGGAAGCAAAUUAUGCGAAGCUUGCAGAAGAAAUGCACACCUACCCGACACCAGAGCGACCGAUUGUUCACAAAAGCAUUGAUUCAAUUCUCCAUUCAACUGAACGCAGAGAUAUGAUGGGAUGGCCGCCAGUAGAAACACAUCGGGUUACACCAACACGGGAAGAUGAGAAUCGAAGUCAGAAAAAUACCCCUUAUCAUGAAGCAACAGGUGAAGCUGAGAAAGAAGGAAGCAGAAUAGCAGCGAAUGAACGAAAAUCAAAAAGCCCAAAAAAAUUAUCUGAAGUGAAAUUCUCAAGAUGUUACCCUUGUUGA